GAGAGAUGAGACGAGGGUGGAGGUAGAGAGCGCCGGGUCGAACGAGAGUAAUCCUAGCUUCGUUUGCGAUAUACAGUAGCCUCUGUGAGUUCGGUAGGUGACGACGACGACCAACGACAACGUUUAACGGCAUCCGCCGAUGAUUCGUAUCGCGAGCGAUACGUAGACGGAGGGGUAGACGAUACGUCGGAACAGCUGAGAAGAGGUAGAAGAAAAACGAAAAAAAAAAACCAACAAAACAAAAACCAAAAAAAAGUCCUCGGAUUUCGCAAGCAUUCGAAAAUCACCGACGACGACGACAGUGCACCCGAUAGUACGAGCGACGGUGUAAAAUCGAUCGACGAACGUCCGCCGGCUCAUUGUUCUCCUCGAUAUCCUCGCGAGGCAUGGAAACUGCAGCCCGUAAUGGUUCGAACGAAUAGGAUAUCGCACAUGUGAUAUAUCGUCGUUGAGUGUGCGCGCGGCACAUUCGGAGGAUUAAUUAUAAUAACGGGACAUAGAAAGUUUCUCGAGAGGGGUAAAACAACCUUGGUAUACGGAAAUUUGGAAGGUUUUAGGGAUUAAACAUCGUCUGGGCGGGUCUUCGCCGCUGGAAAUCAUCGUCAUUUCUCCGCUUCAGCGUGGUCCGGAUUUCCUCGUAAUUACCGAGGGGGGGUGGGGUUGUGUCGAAGAUGCUGUAGGAUAACCGGGAGCUGGGCGUCCGGUGGUCCGGGUAAACCUGGAGGAUCGCUCGAGCGAAUGAAUGGAGAAGAGAAGCUGAAGGAGUGUGGGGGGAGGGGAGGUUUUUUGUUUUAUCGAAAUUCUACCGCGAUUCCGCGUACUGAUCGCUUCGCAGAACCGCUAGGGGAUGAACAGCGGUGAUGAACAGCGGGAAUGAGGAUCCGUACGCGGUAACGGGAUUUCCAUCUUCAAAUGCAGGACCGCACAGGUUGUUGUUAUUGUUUCUGUCGCUGCUUCGGGGGAAUAUCGAUCCAACCGAAUCGUCGCAAUUACCGUCAUUGUCGUCAUUGUCAACGUCAACGGAACGAAUCAGCGCUCCUUGCCACCGAAUCCUGACGGUCACCGAAACGGUGUGAAGGGAGCAUGAAGUCGCAAACGUUUUGAUCGCCCGCUUUGUUACCCCGUCGUUGUCGAAAUUUUUCGAACCUCUUUUUAUACCAGCUCCUCCUAAUUGCCGAUCGUUUUUCGUUUGUUUUUUCUCGUUAAAUCGUAAUGUGCGGGAGUGUUGAACUCGUUUCCGUUGCUGCACGUGAGAUCGAUAAACGUUUAACGCACGCCGGCCAAUUCCGGGUCGAGUGCAGUCACCGUUGUUGAGUUUUUUUCACGAGCCCAGUGUCCGGUCGAGUACAGUGCGUUCAACGAACCGCUCGAACACCCCAUCGGUUUAUCUUAUCGUCGGAAACAAUGAUUUCUCCGAGCGGUAACAUCAGACUGUUCCUCUUCGUCGUAGGCUACGCCGGCAUGUUGGGAUACUGCAAAACGGAUGAAAAAGUGUCCUUUUACGGCGGUAGUUACAUACACCUGCCCGUCCAAGAAGCGCGGGGAGCGACGGACGUCAGUUUUAAAUUUCGAACUCACUUUCCCGACGCCCUGCUACUCCUCGCCGCUGGAAAGACGGACUAUUGUCUGGUUAAAUUGGUCGCAGGUCGUCUCAAGGUUCACAUCGAUCUGGGAGCAGGUGAAAGUGAAAUAUCUAGCGCCAGAGGACUGACCUUGAAUGACCUGAGCUGGCACGAGGUCAACAUAACCAGACGAGAGGCGAACAUCUCGUUACAGAUUGAUGUGAUCCACACCACUCGUUCGGUACUUCCGGGACGAUUUUUCGAACUCAAUAUCCACUACGGUGUCUACAUCGGGGGUCAGGGAGACUUCAACGAACUUUUCUUAGGUCACACCGAGUACCUUCGCGGCUGCAUGGCGGAUAUAUUUUACAACGGUUUGAAAGUAAUCGAGUCAGCGAGGUCCCGCAAAGGUCAAUCGGUCGCAUCGUCGGUGGCGUGGGGUUGUUCGCCGGAGUUCGACGCCAGUCGCGAAACGGAAAUAAGUUUCGUCGAGGACGGCGGUUUCACGUCGAUCCCUCGUCCCAUACCUCGAACCGGUUCUCGCUGGGAGUUCGACUUGAAAACGGUGGCGGAAAGUGGCCUUCUCUUGUACAAUGCCGGCCAAUCGCUACGCGCCGACUACCUCGGCGUCGAGCUAUUCGAGCGUAAAAUCCGCCUACUGAUGAACACCGGUAACGGACCCACCGAACUGAUCCACGGUAUACCGGUCGCCGACGGUAAAUGGCAUCGCGUUGUGGUCGAAUUCGAUCCGAACGUGAUCGGUAUAACCGUCGACUCUUCGACGAAGACACUGGCGCUUCCCAAGGGCAGUCGUUACCUCGACCUAGCCGGUACUCUGUACAUCGGUGGUACCGAGCUCAAUCAACGAGCGAAGGCCCUUGGAAAGGGUCUGAAAUCGGGGGACGUCAGUUACAAGGGGUGUCUGAAGAAAAUGACCUUGGACAACCGGCCCAUAGGCCUACCCGACGUCAAGGUCAGCCAGGGGAUCGUCGUUGGAUGCGUGUGGGGAUUCCCGUGCGAAGAAGCUCACCCCUGCGUCGAAGGCGCUUCCUGCGCCCAGCUCGGAGUUGACUCUUUCAAAUGUUCGUGCGACCAGCCGCUCUGCAUCAAGCCGAGCUACGCCGAGGAUUACAAGGUAUAUUCGAGCGCGAACCUUCCGGUCGACUUGGAGAUCCUUUCGCUCAGUCCGCUGAUUGUUUCGGAGGGUGAACACGCCCUUGUCACGAGUCAGAACAUCGCCAUGGUCUUGGACAUAGCGAAAUACGGUGUUGAGGAGAGCGGAGUUCUCUUUACGCUCGUUACACCACCGACGCACGGAACUCUGGCGCUCGAUCUGUUGAAUACGAAAACCGAACACUCGUUCACGUUGCUAGAGGUCAACCAGGACAAGAUCCAAUAUAUGCACGACGGAAGCGAAAACACGGAGGACAGUAUGGUACUGGAAGUGACUCUAUUGGCCGGCGCCGGCUACACCCUUCCAGGAUAUUUGCAGGGACGUUUGAGGUUUCCACUUCACGUAAAUGUCACAUCUGUAAACGACCCUCCGCUCCUGGAAAUCCCGACUGCGAAGGUCCUACGGUUGGCACAAGGAACGAGGAAGGUCCUGAGCAAGGAAUUAAUCUGGGCUAUAGACGCCGAUACACCGGUUCAGGGGCUGGUCUACACAGUCCUGAGGGGUGACAUGGACGCAGGUCACGUGGAGAGAGUCACUUACCCGAAUAAACCAAUCGAAAGCUUCACUCAGGCCGAAUUGCAGCAGGGGCUUAUCGCCUACGUUCACAAAGGAAACGCGAAAUCGAACGCGAUGCUGGGUCUCCAGGUCAGUGACGGUAUCGAGAGUAGUCAGCCAGCUCAUUUGAGGGUAUCCGCCUACCCGUUGCAAAUAAAACUUCAACACAAUACCGGCUUGGUGGUCGUUCACAGGUCGUUCUCUUACCUCACAACGGCGAACUUGUCGUUCGUAACGAACUCUGACGAUACUAGCAUUGAAAUACGCUACGACGUUGUAACACCAGCGCAGUAUGGGACGAUACAAAAGCUCAAGGACGUUUCGGGAUCGUGGAACAACGUUGACCAUUUCACCAGUAAGGACAUCGAAUUGGACUGGGUGAGGUACCUGCAUAACGUCGGGAGCCCGACGCAGGAUGAAUUCAAAUUUCAAGCGAGCGUGAGGGAAGUCAGAACACAGCACACGUUCGACUUUCGGAUAAACUUCAUCGACCUUGAAUUGAAAGAGUCGAGGAAGAAUUCCGUCAACUUUACCAACUCGCUGGAGGUGCUGGUGGGAUCUCAAAAUUUGAAAUACGUCACGAAUCCUCUUACCACGCCGCCGAAUAGGAUAAGUUUCACUAUACAGGAUGGUCCGAAGUACGGCGACCUGAUCCUAGCUAAAAAGAGUAUUGGAAAAAGUGAUUCGUUCACUCAGGACGAUCUCGAUAACGGAAGACUGAGAUACAGACUGUUGCGAAAAUCGUUUUCCAACGUCGACGACGAUGUUAUCCUGAAAGUGAAGGCACCCCAGUGCGUGGAACUCAGUACCGAUAUCAGAAUCAGAUUUCAAUUACAGAAGAACGCCGAGGGUCCGGAAACAGUCGAUAAACUCCGAGUGAACGAGGGCAGCAGAGUGCCAUUGAGAAUAACGAGAUUCGACGGUAAAACCUACGGUGUAACAUCCCUCGUUUACAAUCUGACGGUUCCCCCGCUCCACGGAUGGCUGAAUGUCCUCAACGAGUCGAACGCUAAUGCGAGACCGAACGCUACGUGGUUCACCUCCGAAGAACUGACAGCCGAAUACGUGUACUACGUCCACGACGACUCCGAGACGUCCGAGGACUCUUUCGCGUAUGUCGCCGUAUCGUCGCCGGCCGAAAAUUUCAUGUACGUCGGAAUUUUCAAGGUCGAAGUUAACAUGAGAAACGACAAUCCACCGAUAAGACUGAACGCCAGAGUCUUCAACGUAGUUCUGAACGGAGAAAGAAUCCUCACUGACAAGGUGCUCGCUUACGUCGACGCUGACCUCAACACGAAACCUUCGGACAUAGUUUACUCGAGGAGGGACCAGGGUAACGGAGGACUGUUCAAGGUCGGCAAUCCGAGCGUUCAAAUAUUCGAAUUCACUCAGGAGGACGUUAAUCAACAUCAGAUACUCUUCAGGCACAGGGGAGAGGAGUCGGGUAGAAUUGCUCUCGGUGUUACCGAUGGUCAUUUCUACACCGCGGGUAUAUUAGAAGUACAGGCGAGUCUGCCGUACGUUCAUCCGGUGGCCAGCAAUGGGUCAAUCGUCAGAUUCAACGAGUCCACCAUCCUCUCGAUCGCCGAGUUACAAAUAGAAACUAACGUCAAUGCUAAUGACAGUGAAAUAGUUUAUACCGUCGUCGACAAACCGAGACACGGUGUCCUUCUUAAAGGUGACAGAGAGGCGGUCACAUUCACUCAGGAGGAUUUAACGCAAAGCGAAGUAAGCUACAAGCAUUUGGGAGGUUCGCUUACGAGGGACAGCUUCAAGUUCAAAGUAUCGGCUAAGAAAACCGAAGCCGAGGGUCAAUUGGCGGUGAAAGUUUAUCCGGAGAGUUAUUGGGAGCCGUUGAUAGUCGCCAGUAACAAUACGGUACUCGUUGAGGAGGCGACCAGCGUUCUUCUCGGUAAAAAACAUCUGGAGAUAAUGCACCCGAAGAUACCACCCUCGCAAAUCACUUACCUCAUCAAAGAAAAGCCCAGAUUUGGGUACCUCGAACUCCAGGCGCAGGAUCAGGAACACAGCGACGAGGCGAGGGAUGAUUUUUUGGUCACCCACUUCGAACAGAGCGUCAUAAACGAGGGUAGACUACACUACGUACAGUCGGAGCCGAAUCAAACGAGAGAUAAUUUUAGUUUCGACGUCACCAAUGGGAUAACUUGGCUCAGAGAUCUCACCUUGAAUUUCUUGGUAGUUCCGGACAAGCUGUACAUAGAAUCCAGAAAUCUGACGGUCGUCGAGGGUAAAAGCGCGACCGUUGAGGAGUCCGAUUUCGCUGUGAACACAGCGUAUUACGCUGGAAAAGUGACGGAUUACAAAAUUGUUGAGAAACCGCGACACGGCAGCGUCAUUGACUCGACCAAAAAUUCUCCGAUAAAAAAAUUCUCGACCAAACAUCUAACCGCCGGAGUUAUAAUUUACCGACAUUCCGGCGACGAAUCGCUGAACGACAGUUUGAAACUCAUAGCCAUCGCAGGGGAUAAAGCCAGCGAACCUUUCGAUGUCAGGAUCGAAGUCCUUCCGGUCAACGACGAAGUUCCCCUGCUGAUUAACAGGACCACGUUGAACGUGUGGCAAGGCGGUUCCGUACCGAUUACCGCCGCGGAUCUUGCCGCUCUGGACAACGACACCGAGCCCAGGGAUGUCGAGUUCAGAGUAACUGGUAUCAGAAACGGUUUUGUCUCGUUGCGGCAACUGAGGCAAUUGGAGAUCUGGAACUUUACGCAGAAGCAGAUAAACGACAUGGACAUUAUCUUCACUCAUACCAAUGGGUCCGACGCCGAGUUUUCUUUUACCGUUAACGACGGUGUCCACGCAUCGAUAAAUUACACCAUGCCCGUGGUGACCAGAGAAGUCCGACUUUCGUUGAAAAAUAAUCAUCCUCUGAACGUAUUCCCGCUUACCAGAAAGCCGAUAGUCGGUGAACAGCUAUUGGUAGAGAGCACGGACGAAAAUAGGGAAGUUAAAUACACGGUUAAAAACGGCCCGCAUAUGGGAAGGAUCAUCAUGGAAACGAACGAAGGUAUAUGGCUGGAAGUCGACAGAUUUACACAGGGCGAAUUGAAUGCGAGUAAAGUGAUUUACGAGCAUACCAAACAGUUCAUGGAUCUAUCGGCCAACGAUUCAUUCGUUUUCGACGUCGAGUCGCACUUCGCGAAGCCCCUAAUCAGCCAGGUCUUCCAAGUCGAGAUUUCCGUUUCGAGCGGCGGUCUGGACAGAUAUAUAUCUUCCGAAGCCGUCCGCGUCGAAGAGGGUGGUUCGGGCAAGGUGAUAGUGAACGUCACCGGAAUCGUAAGAUUCCUCCACACCAAGGCCGGCAUAGAAAGUCCGGCAGUUAUGACCCGGCUAUCUUCGCAACCGAGUCACGGUCACGUAAUGCUCCUCCCCGAUUUGAACGUGACGACGUUCACCCUUCCCGAAAUCGAGGGUGGAAAAGUGGCCUACUACCACGACCAUUCGGACACCGUCGAAGACAAGAUAUCGUUUUCCCUCUAUUUAACACCGGGACACAUUUUGCUAUGCAACGCAACCGUUCCGGUGAUCGUUGCGCCGGUAAAUGACGAACCUUUCAAGCUCGUCACAAACGCUCCCUUCGUUUCCGUAGUAAGGAAUCAGAAUCAGACGAUUACGAGGGAUAAUUUGCUGACCACCGAUCCGGAUACGGAGCCUCAAGAAUUGGUCUACGACGUAAUAUCCGGGCCGACUUACGGCAGACUUCUUCUCUUACCGCAGGAUCAAAAUUCCUCGGAAGUUCAUCAGGUCAAUAAAUUUACCCAACACGACGUGGAUUCGAGUAGACUAGUUUACGAACACUCUGGUCCGCUGCAAGCAGCUUCAUUUUACUUCAGGGUCUCCGACGGCCGAUUCAAUCCGGUCUACACUGUGUUCAACGUACACGUUCUCCCGAUAAAUUUGAACGUCAGUGUUUUGAGUCCGGUUGGUCUACAACAAGGGUCCAACGUCGCGUUGAUAUCGGAAGAUAACAUAAAACUGGAGACCAACGCCAGACAGGAUUUAGUAACUUACAAUGUCACAACUACCCCUAAAUUCGGCGUGGUCUACGUCAGGGAUGUUGCGGCAACCAGUUUCAGGCACACGGAUCUACUUUCCAAGAGCGUUAUGUUCAUGCAAACGGACAUGACGGUGUCAAACGACAGCCUGGAACUCGCUGCCCAGCUCAGCGACUUCGAAGCCAAACGUAUCCUGAUCGAAGUUAGGGUAGAACCUCUGAUGAUAGUGAAUCCGAUGAUCGCUAUCGCCGGUGAGAGGAAUCGUUUGGAUUUGAGAUACAUGGACGCGACGCCGCUCGCUAAAUUAACUAGCAGUAAUCCGACAUUUUCGAUAACCAGAAAGCCGAAAUACGCGAGAAUAAAAAGGAUAAUACGGAGUUCCGGCGAUCGUCGAGGAACCCGUGAAAGGGAGGUCGGUAGAUUCUCCCAUCAGGAAUUAAUUUCCGGUGUUAUAUACAUCGUGUGUAAAAAAAUGCCCACCCUAGAAAUCGAAGGAAUAAUGGACAGCUUCGGUUUCGUGCUCGCUGCAUCGAUUUUUCAACCGGCAGCGGGAGAUUUUAAUUUCAGAAUAAAAUUCAAUAUCGACGAAUUUAACAUGACCCUCGGCGGUCCUAUGGAUCCGGUUGGCCACGAGGGGGAAAUGGCGAUCGCUCCUAACAUGAGUAACGACUAUCUGCUCAUACUGGGAAUGUUACUCGGUGUAUUCCUGCUCGGUGUGGUCGUAAUCAUAACGAUCAGAUGUAGACACAACAAAUACAAACACGCGGACGAUCACGACAAGGACGAAGCGUCACCCGGAGUCGGUGUGAUGCCGCUUCCGAGACCACCCGAUCACCUUAUGCCGGCUACUCCGCAUUUGAAGAGGUUCGGUAACGAUCACGAUCACGUAAUGACCGGUAGCAGCACUCCUUUACCAGUCCUUCCCUCCAUGCCGGCGACUCUCCCACAGUGCAAAGUAAUACCUCUGAGUCCUCUCGAUAGUAUAGCGGGAUCCGAAGUCGAUGUUUCGGCAAGGUAUCCCUACGGUGUACCGGACGGGGACGAAUGGAGCAGUUUUGACACCUCCGACUUACCGUGUCCUUCCGCUACAACCCCAAGGGCAAAUCCACUCCUCAGAAGAAACCAAUACUGGGUAUAGCACAAGGCCUGUCAUGGUAGCGAAAAAUUUUUACCGCUCACUCAAUUGAGAUUAUCAUGAGGAACGUUGAUCGCUACAAAUUUUCACCUUUGAAUAAUAAUUGAUAAUUACGACGACUACUGUACGACGACGAAAAUGAUAAUGAUGAUCACUAUGAUGAUAAGACUUUUUAAUCGUAUGUUAUUUUGUAAGUGAUUCAUUGAGUAAGACUGUAAAACAAAACCAAAACCAAAAAAAAAAAAUACAAUUGGUAAUCGACUUAAAUUGAAGGCAUAUAUUGUAAUUUUUCAUCGUCCCCUAAUUAUUAUAAAAUUGGGAUCGACAGAACUGUGACUGGAAUCCCUUGAACCACCUUGAACUAUCCUUUAUAUUGCACCCGAGGCUAUAAAUAAUUAUCUUGAUAAGAACGAGCAAAGAAUAUAAACUCUACUGAGAUUAUUUUGAAACAGGUGAUUACCGAAAUAAAAAAUUAAAACGAAGAGUAAGAAGAUUGCAAUUAAAUAACAAUUACGACUUAAGAUUUAUAGAUAUAAAUGUGCCUACCGAGAGGAUAUAAGCGCGGCUGAGAAACUAGUCGUAUAUAUAGGUAUAUUUGAUUUGAGAAGAUAUAAAGUUGCGAUUUUAACCGAAUGAUAAAGAUAAAAAUGAAAAAAAAAAAAACGAAAUCCGGAUGUGGGAAAUUAAAAUUACAUUUAAGAAAAAAGAAAAAAAAAUAGUGCAACGAGACAAACUGACGUGGAACUGAUGAAUAAAAUUGCGUGCAGUUAAAAUAUUUGCCAACCACCGCAUGUAUUGUUAUGUUAAAAUUUUUUAUCGAUUUAAAAGAAAAAAAUGAGUAAACGCAAGAGGAGAAAUAGCAAACAACUAAGUGGAAAGGAAAUUGUUGUAAAUGUGUAUUUCAGUAUUAAAAUAUAUAAUAUAUGAUAAAAAAAAAAAAUUUAUGAAUGUUACCUGGCAAGCGUACGUCAAUUAUUGACUGACAAAAAUUAAGUCGUCCGCGUUGGCUAUAUUUAAACCGAAAACUUUAAAUUUGUUGUUAGACCUAUAUAAUUAGUAUCACAUACUGUAACUAUGUUGAUAAUCGUACUACACGAACGAAAUUAUUAUCAAUAUCACAUCGUACAUAAUUUUACCGCUAUAGAAUCUCGAAAUGAACAGUGCUGUAUACAUGUAAAUAUGGGUUAUUCGAGAUCAAUUAGAAAAGGGUCAGACUUUCAUUAUUUUAUUCGAUUAAAACGGCACAAAUCAUAAAUCGUAAGGAACAGACCCCAGCGCAAUUGACCUGGAAUAUCCUAUAUAUAGAUGAUCUAUAAACGGUAGAUAAUAUUAUAGGUAUGUAAACUGUUGAAUCCAACGAGGAGAAAAAGUACUACUGCAACUAUGGCAUAUGCGUCGGUUCAAGUCGCAGGCAAGGAAAGAGAAACCGAAAAAAAAAGUAAGAUGAAGAUGAUUAAACUAAGCUAAUUUAACACGUUUUUUACACGAAUAUAGUUAUUUGUCGGUUACGUUUAUAUAUAUUAUAAUAUAUACAUAUUGUAUCAACUGAUGAACUGUAUUACAUAAUUACAUGAAUUAAUCAUUUGCAUAUGCUAUAGACACAACGAUCACUAUACUACACAUAUUAUAAUAGGCUUUUUUACAAUCAAUAUUAUUAUUAUCGAAUAAGCUCCGAUGCGAGUGCCAAAAUAUUUAAAAUAAAAAACUCGAAGAAAAAUUAAAUAAAUGAAAUGUAUGCUAAUCGUACGAAUGUAUAUGUGAACCCUGUCCAUCGUUAUUAAUAAAAUAAAAGAAAAUACGUAAAAAUUAGA